AUUGGGAGCAGCAGGCAAGAGAGGGCAGAUAAAAUCCGAGAAUUGAGGGUGGAGUGAUGCAUUAACCAACAUACUGUUGUUAGGACAAGGAAGAAAGUGCAGAAGGAUGGCCUUUCCUCUCUCUAACCACCUCCUCUUCACCCCAAAACCCUCUAAAACCCUAGCUCUUCAUCCUCCUCAUCCCUCUAAACCCAUUCUAGGGUUUCGUCUCUCUACUUCCUCUCCAAUUCUCAGACGUUCCUUCAAGCCUUUUCUCGCUCUCCAAGAUUCUACUCCCUAUACAAACAAUGAAGAGGAGGGUAGUCGGUAUGAUGUUAAAACAUCAAAAAGUGAAGCAGAUCAGAAACCUCUGUCUGUUUUGAAGUCGCUUAUUAAAGCAUACAAAGAUGCUGUUUUAGAUGGAGAUGAAAAGGCUGUAUCUGAAAUUGAAGCAAUGAUAGACACGAUUGAAAGUGAGAAGGCUGAAUUGGCACAGAAAGUUUCUGCUUUAUCAGCAGAAAUAACAGCUGGGAAGGAGAAAUAUAUUCGUUUACAAGCAGAUUUUGAUAAUUUUAGGAAAAGAUCAGAGAAGGAAAGGCUUACAGUAAGAACUGAUGCUCAGGGAGAAGUAGUUGAGAGCCUUUUGCCCAUGAUUGACAAUUUUGAGAGAGCCAAACAACAAAUCAAACCUGAAACUGAAAAGGAGAAAAAAAUUGAUACAAGCUAUCAGGGUAUAUACAAGCAAUUUGUGGAGAUCAUGAGGAGUUUUCAUGUGGCUGCUGUAGCAACAGUGGGAAAGCCAUUUGAUCCUGCACUGCAUGAGGCCAUUGCCCGUGAGGAGUCUCAAGAAUUCAAGGAAGGGAUUAUAAUUCAAGAAAUUCGCCGGGGCUUCCUCCUUGGUGAUCGACUUCUAAGACCAGCAAUGGUUAAAGUCUCCACAGGCCCUGGUAGGAAGAAAACUUGUACUGUUGCUGAUAAAUCUACAGGCCAACCUGCAACAGCUGCUGGAGUAGAUGAACGAUAGUUCAGUUGCACAAACAUGAGUUGACAUUUUCAAGUGAGAAUUUUCACUUGCGGUGGCCACCCUGGUAUCCAUUUCCUAUUGAAGUUUUUGUUCAAUAUUUUCUUUCAUUUUCUACACAGACAAGCACAAUCCCUCAGGCAAAUUUACUUCUGCCUUGCAUUCAACUACUACAUAUACUGUUGUUUCCAUUGUAGGAAAAAAAACGAAACUGGAAGACAACAACUCAAUUUAACUGCUCUGGUUUAUUUGUCCCGCGGUUGGGAAAGAAUGGGCGAUCAUUUUCGAGGAAUAAAAUUGAAAAAAAAGAAAUUCCUUUAUUCUCUA